CUCCAGUGAGCUUCAGCUUGCACCGACCAACAAUGGGAAUGGAGUAUGAUGCUUCAUCCACGAAGGGGUCCAUGCUCCUGCCUUUCCUUGCGAUGUUCGGGGCCAUCUACCUCCUCGGCUACUUUGUGGUCUUCCGGCGCUGGAGCCUGCAGCAGCGGCCGGACGCGUCCAGCUGCCUCACCUCGCUCUUCCACGGCACGCCGGCAACGCUGCUGGCGCUGCGUGCAGUGCUGUCCAGCUCGAGGGCUGGCGACCUCGCGGCGCCCAACAUGCCUGCCGACGACCUCGCCCUCGACUUCAGCACGGCCUACUUCACCGUCGACCUCAUCCACUACCUCGUCUUCCUGCCCCACGAGGUGCUCUUCGUGGCGCACCACCUCGCCACGCUCUACGUCUUCGCCACCUGCCGCGCCGCCGUGCGUCGCGGCGCCUACGGGUUGCUCGCCUUGGAGGUGCUCGCCGAGGUCACCAGCCUGGCGCAGAACCUGUGGACGCUGGCCGGCAUGCGGCGCGCCGACUCGCCGCUGGCCGCCAGGGCGCACGCCGCGCUGUCGCUCCCGUUCUACGCGGCUUACACGGCCAUGAGGGCGGUCCUCGGGCCGGUCUGGUUCGUGAGGAUGGUGAAAUUCUACGCCGCCGAUGGUGGUGUGCCGACGUGGGCGUGGGCGUCGUGGAGCGUGGUGAUUGGGUCCGCGAUACUGGUGAGCGUGCUGUGGGUGGGCAACCUGUAGUUGGUCUACUUCAGACAAAGGAUGGGGAACAACAAGAAGGAACAAUGAUGGGCUCCUUAAUCUUAAUUAUUUUCUCAUAGGGUGUUUGGUUUGCAGAAAUGUUAAAAAAAAUGAUGUAAGAUUUUAAGAUUUCACGUCAUAAUUCUCAUGUGAAAACAAAUAAGUUUGCC